AUGGGUCAAUCACUAACUACCCCCUUAAGCUUAACUCUAGAAUACUGGAAGGAGGUCAUGGAGCGGGCCCACAACUUAUCAGUGGCAGUCUGAAAGAAGAAGUGGCAAAGUCUCUGUUCCUCUGAGUGGCUGUCUUUUGAAAAGGGGUGGCCAAGGGAUGGGACUUUUAACCUUGCUACUAUCUUGCAGGUUAAGGGAUAAAUUUUCUACCCAGGACCACACAGCCACCUGGACCAGGUGGCCUACAUAGUCACCUGGGAGGUUUUGGCCCGGAACCCCACAUCUUGGGCACAGCCGUUCCUACCUCCUCGGGGAACCAGAGAGACUGAUCAAGGGCCCCUUACCCCUUCUUACUGGCCUUUUUCAGCCUCAGACUUGUAUAAUUGGAAGACUCAUAACCUCUUUUCUCAGGAUCCUCAGGCUCUAACUGCUUUAAUAGAGUCUAUUCUCCUUACCCACCAACCCACCUGGGAGGAUUGUCAACAACUCCUCCAGGCACUCCUAACCAUGGAGGAGAGACAACGAGUCAUCCUAGAGGCCCAGAAAAACAUCCUCGGGCAGGAUGGGAGACCCACUCUGCUCCCAAAUGAAAUAGACGAAGGAUUUCCUCUGACCAGACCCAACUGGAACCACGAGACUAUGGCCAGUAGGGAGCAUCUCUGUCUUUAUUGCCAGACUCUGAUAGCAGGUCUCAAAGGGGCCGGAAGGUGCCCAACCAAUUUGGCAAAGGUACGUGCUAUAACCCAAGGGGAAAAUGAAACCCCCGCUGGGUUUCUAGAGCGUCUGAUAGAGGGAUAUCGGAUGUACACCCCUUUUGACCCCACGGCCCAGGAGCAUCAGACAGACCUUAUUAUGGCCUUUAUAGGACAAUCAGCUCCUGACAUUGGUGGUAAGCUCCAAUGGCUAGAGGGCCUUCAGGGGUACUCCUUACAGGACUUGGUAAGAGAAGCUGAGAGAAUCUAUAACAAGCGAGAAACUUUAGAGGAAAGAGAGGACAGAAUCAGAAAAAAGCAGGAAGCUAGAGAGGAUAAGAGAGAGAAAAAGAGAAAUAAAGAGUUAAGUUGAAUUUUGGCCACAGUAGUUCAGGGAACAGGACCAGGACCAGAGAGAGAAAAAGAGAAAAAAAGAAUUAAGUCGAAUUUUGGCCACAGUAGGGACCUGGGAGACAAGAGAAGGCCCCGAGUGGAUAAAGACCAGUGUGCCUAUUGUAAGGAGAGAGGACACUGGGAUCAAGAAUGUCCAAAGAAGUUGAACAGGCUUCAAAAGAAGACAACCCCAGUCCUGACUCUAGGGGACUAGGGAAGUCGGGGCCAGGAGCUCCCCCCUGAGCCCAGGGUAACUUUAAAGGGGGGGCAAUUGACUACCUUCAUGGUAGACACAAGAGCUCAACACUCAGUCUUGACAACAACCAAAGGACCCAUGAGUUCCAAAACAGCCUGGGUCCAGGGGGCCACUGGAGGAAAAACAUACAGAUGGACCACAGAAAAAGUGGACCUCAGCACAGGUCAGGUCUCCCACUCAUUCUUGCUGGUCCCCGACUGUCCAUAUCCCCUUCUUGGGAGAGAUUUACUCUCUAAGCUGGGAGCCCACAUCCACUUCACCAAAAAGGGAGCUACCCUAAAAGGAAAAAAUGGAGCUCCACUACAUGUAUUAACCCUACUGCUGGAAGAUGAACAUCGGUUAUAUGAAGGACCGAUAAUAGGGACCCCUGGUAUAUCAGACUGGUUAACUAAAAUCCCCUCAGCAUGGGCCGAGACAGGAGGCCCAGGACUGGCAUUUAACCAGCCUCCAAUAGUGGUCACUCUAAAACCAUCUGCAACCCCGGUUUCAAUCAAACAAUACCCCAUGAUCAGAGAGGCCCGAGAAGGAAUCAGACCCCACAUUCAAAGACUUUUACAAAUAGGCAUACUCUGCCCCUGUCAGUCCCCUUGGAACACCCCACUGCUCCCCGUAAGAAAGCCAGGAACGAAUGACUAUCGACCGGAUGCGUUCUUCUGCCUAAGGCUGAGCCUGGUUAGCCAGCCCAUCUUCGCUUUUGAAUGGAAGGACCCUGAAGCUGGAAUAUCGGGACAACUAACCUGGACGCGACUUCCCCAAGGAUUCAAGAACUCCCCUACUCUGUUUGAUGAAGCUCUACAUCGUGACCUGCCUGACUUUCAGGUAAGGAACCCACAGAUUAUGCUCCUCCAGUAUGUAGAUGACCUCCUCUUAGUGGCCGAGAUGGAAGCAAGCUGUUUGCAAGGUACAGAGGCCCUCCUAUUGAGACUGGGGGAACUUGGAUACUGAGCCUCGGCAAAGAAGGCCCAGAUCUGCUUACAGCAGGUAAACUAUUUGGGCUACCGGCUGGAGGGAGGACAACGAUGGCUAACGGAAAGUAGAAAACAGGCGGUAGCCUCUAUUCCCCCACCAACUUCAGCCAGAGGACUCAGAGAGUUCUUUGGAAGCGCAGGAUUCUGUAGAUUAUGGAUACCAGGCUUCGCCGAAAUAGCGGCUCCUCUAUACCCUUUAACAAAGAAUGGCACCCCUUUUGCCUGGAGAGAACAUCAGAGAGCAUUUGACAAAAUAAAAAGAGCACUGCUGACGGCGCCAGUGUUAGGAUUACCAGAUUUGACAAAACCUUUCAUCCUAUAUGUAGAUGAAAAUCAAGGGAUGGCAAAAGGAGUUCUUACUCAAACUUUGGGACCCUGGAAAAGGCCAGUAGCUUAUCUCUCAAAAAGACUGGACAAUGUGGCUGCUGGCUGGCCCCCAUGCUUGAGAAUCAUGGCGGGAAUAGCAUCCCUGGGAAAAAACUCCGACAAACUCACCAUGGGUCAGCCCCUAACUAUCAUAACUCCACAUGCGGUGGAGUCCAUCAUUAGACAGCCCCCUGAUAGAUGGCUAUCAAAUGCCAGGGUCACCCAUUACCAGGCAUUACUAUUAAAUCCAGAAAAGAUCAAGUUUGGUAGCCCUGCCACCUUAAACCCCGCCAUGCUGCUACCAACCCCCGAGAAAAACACUGAGAUUCCCCAUGACUGUCAGCAAAUACUUGCGGAGAUACGUGGGACUAGGGAAGACCUCACCGACCAGCCCCUAACAGAUGCAGAUGCCACCUGGUAUACGGAUGGGAGCAGCUUUCUGAGAGACAAUGAGCAUAAGGUGGGGGCAGCGGUGGUUGAUGGAAAAAGGAUAAUUUGGGCCCAAGCCCUGCCAGUUGGAACAUCGGCCCAACGGACUGAAUUAGAAGCCCUAACCCAGGCCCUAAAAUUAGCAGAGGGCAAAAAGGUCAACAUUUACACUGACAGCCGCUAUGCAUUUGCCACGGCUCACGUACAUGGAGAAAUUUAUCAGAGGCGGGUCCUCACCUCAGCGGGCAAGGACAUUAAAAACAAAGAAACAAUAGUGGCCCUUCUACAAGCUUUGUACUUACCUAAAAAGGUCAGCAUUAUUCAUUGCCCUGGACAUCAGUGAGACCAGAGGCCGAUUGCUCAAGGCAUUCGGAUGGCAGAUGAAACUGCCCGUCAGGCAACAGAAGGCACCUGCAUUCUCUACACCCAUGCAGACCUUAAGGCAGAGAUUGAGGCACAAACAAAGGAGGGAGAUGCUCUUUUCACCUACACUGAACAGGACCUGGAACUCGUACGGAAGCUCAAUGCUACCUUGGACCCAGAAUCUAAAAUGUGGGAACACCAGGGUAGGGUAGUACUUCCCCGAAAGGCAGCCCUUGAGCUAAUCUCCCAGCUCCACCAGUGGACACACUUAGGACACAAGAAACUAAAAACACUACUAGAAAGAGAAGAACAAUUCUAUUAUUUCCCGGACCUUAACCAGCUAGUCCAGAAGGUAAUGGGAGAUUGUGUCUCAUGUUCCCUGGUAAAUGCUUCCAGAUCAAAGGUCCCAUCUGGCAUGAGAGAAAGAGGGACAUGACCAGGGACUAAUUGGGAGGUAGAUUUUACUGAGGUCCUCCCAGGAAAAUAUGGUUAUAAAUAUCUCCUAGUGUUUAUAGACACUUUCUCAGGGUGGGUUGAAGCUUUCCCCACCCAGAAAGAAACAGCCCAGACGAUUGUAAAGAAACUGAUCGAAGACAUUUUCCCUCUAUUUGGAUUGCCUAAGGUAAUUGGGUCUAAUAAUGGCCCAGCCUUUGUCUCCCAGGUAAGUCAGGGAAUGGCCAAAGCACUGGGGAUUAAUUGGAAAUUACAUUGUGCUUACAGACCCCAAAGUUCAGGACAGGUAAAAAGAAUGAAUAAAACUAUUAAAGAGACCUUAACUAAAUUAGCUCUAGAGACUGGCACUAAAGACUGGGUGCAGCUCCUACCUCUAGCUCUAUUUCGGGCUAGAAAUACUCCUGCUAUACACGGCCUAACCCCCUAUGAAAUCCUUUUUGGAGGACCGCCUCCUGUCCUCAAUGUAACCUUGUCCCCCUUGCCCUCUUCUUUUGACAAUCCCAGCCUGAAAACAAGACUCCAAGCCCUCCAGAUCAUCCAGAAUCAGGCUUGGAGGCCCUUGGCUGCUUCAACCGGUGCUGUCUACCGGCCUGGGAGUCCACGAACACCCCACUCCUACCAAAUUGGAGAUCAGGUGUACAUGAGAAGACACCACGUAAAGACUCUUGAACCACGGUGGAAAGGACCCUACACAGUUGUCCUGACUACGCCCACGGCCCUCAAAGUAGACGGGAUUUCAGCCUGGAUUCACGCUUCCCACACCAAAAGAGCCCCGGCCCAGGAGGAUGCUGGAAAAUGGCAUCUACACAAAACAUCCAAACCCCUAAAAAUAAGACUCUCCAGAGAUACCUAA